AUGCAGCAACCAUUGGACGUAGGAGCAUCGACGGAGAGCAAAUCCAAGAGGGCUCGUCUUAGCCUCCCUGGUAGACGGGAGCACAGACCAUCGAUGGUUCACACUAUCGAGAGAGUAAUGGCAGAGCUCCAGGACCUCAGUAGCUUGCCGCUAGCAGUAGAGUUGGAGGGGAUGAAGACUGACUAUACAUUCUCCGAGAACGAUCUUAGGAGGGUCUGUGAAAGGUACGGACCAGUGCACACCUUGGAGCUCCUGGACUCAGUAUCGGCCCCUGAUGUUGCCCUGAUAGCGUUCGUCAACAAAGAGGAUGCCAUGGAGUUCCUUAACCACAUGAAUGGAAUGCCUGUGAAGGUUGAUGGGGGCAGCACUGUAGUGGUGAGGGUAUCACCUUUCUGCCGAGAAACGGAGGCUAAACUGCGACGCAACCUGGAGCUGGCUUUGGGACAGUCAACUCUGCGGAACAGUGGUUUGUUCGACUCAGCUGACGGUGAGGACGAUGGUCAGUGGUCUGCCCCCAAGCAGUGGUGCUGCCGUUUCGUCAUCGGAGCUGAAAGAAUGCAUAAGGACUUCCCUCUCGUGGGUCGUAUUAUAGGCCCUAAUGGGGAGCAUAUGAAGACUAUACAUGCCGCUACUGGGGCUAAGCUCAGGCUUAGAGGGAAACGAAGCAACUUCCGUGAAGGGCCCGAGAACAAGGAGUCAGACGAGCCCCUGCAUCUCUGUGUAUCGAGCCAUGACGAGGUAUCCUAUAGGAGAACUUGCGAGAUGGUGGAGCACCUUAUGAAGGGCGUCUAUCAUGACUAUGGUGAAUGGUGUGCUCAGAGAGGCAUACCAAUACCAGCCAUCCAGAUGAUCAUGGUAGAAGGGUCGACUCACGAGUCUCUAGAGGAGAAGCUCCAGGAGCUUUACUCUUCACAGAAUCUCACAAUACCCUCACCGGGCUCUGUGGAGGAGGAGGGGGACAAAGCGGUGGACCCGCGCCUAGCAGAGGCACAUCUACCUAUCUUUGACGCGAGUCAAACUGGCCCUGCCUAUAAGAGGAUCCGUAGUGACAUCAAUUCUGUGAGCAAAGUGUGCCGUCACUGGCUACGUGGACAAUGCCACUACGGCGACCGCUGGUUGGUCUAUCUUCGCGUCUAUGCGCGGCCUUAA